AUUACUAGUGAUGGGUUAUGUAUCUUUUGGAUUUCGUAUGUAUGAGUUGAGAAUUAGAAAUGCACGGCACUUUUUAUUGCGGAUGAAUAUAUGAAUUUGAAUUUUGUGUGAAUCUGUAGUUGGUGUUGGCUUGGGUUGCGUUGCGUUGCGUUGGUUGUUUGUGUGAGGAAAUUAAACGUGUUUAUGUUGUUUGAAGUUGUUGAUAUCAGAAGCAAGUUCAUGACGAUUGUUUAUAUUUAGCAUUAAGUGUAACUAGUAAGAGACUUUCUCUGGCUGCUUGUCGGUAGUGAAACUUCACACUACUGAAGAACAGCAGAUAAACACAUGCAAGUUGUGUUACCAAAAAGUUGCUGAUGUUGGAAGGGUUUACCACAUCUGUAAACAAAGGGAAAAUUUCCUUUGAUUAUAUAGUAAAUCAACUAUAACACUUUCCUUGAUAAUCUUAAAGAGCUUACUGUUGUAUUGGUCAUCACCAUAUUGUUGUGAUCCACACUUGUAAAAAAUGAUAGCACGUGGACAUUUAAUCUUUAUAAAGCAUAAUGGCAGAGAUGGAUCGAUCUAUCCUGUUACAACACCAACCUGCUCUGUUGGUAGAGGAUACGACAAUGACAUAAGAAUUUAUGUGCAAUCUGUCUCUGAAGUGCACUGUGAAAUUUGUACAUCAGAUUUUCAACCGGCAGUACUGAAGAAUUUAAGCAGUAUCAAUCCCACUAAAGUUAAUAAUGUGUCAAUUCGUGAAAAUGAGCACUAUCUAGAACAUGGUGAUAUGAUAACUACCGGUGAAAGGUCUUUUCGAUGGGAAUACCUCCCAGGGUCUCAAUAUUACUUGCCUACUAACACAAAGAAUGCUAAGCCUCUUUCGAUGUCCCCAUUGCGUGGAAGUACUGGAAUGGUUGGCAUGCCUAUGUCUGCAUUACAAAGCACCCUAGGCAGCCAACCUUUUAGUAGACGGUCUGCAAGAGAUAAGAAGAUAAAAUUGUCUCCUGCCUUAAUGGCCUCAAAUGGACAAAGUGCAUCUAAACGUCUUGUUGCUAUUGUUAGUCCACAAAGAAGACCACAGACAGAGAAGAAGGUACUAGUGCAUAUUGUUGAAACCAAAGAUGGUCAAUUUUACAUAUGAUCCAUAAGUAAUCUGUGUGUGUCUCAACCAGCAUGCUGUGACAGUUUGACUUCAAAAGUGUUUCAACACAUUAGAAGUGUGGUAAUAAUAGUGAGAUUCCUUUAGUCUUUAUUGCACUAUAGCUGCCUUGAUAAUUUUCAGUUUGUCAUACACAGCUUUUUCAGAACGGACAGUUGUAGUAUUAAUGUGUCCAUUUGUUGUUUAUUAUUGUCCCUAACUUGUUACACUGCUAAUUCUUUUUUGAACUGUAAUACAUAUUAUAUAUAUAAAUGGAAAACAUAUCCAUGUAUGAAGGGAUUUUAAAUGCGUGCAUACACACAACUUAAUAAUGAUACAUUAUUUUCUGUGACUUGAUAUUUGCCUGUAUUUUAGUGUGUUGCCAAGUGAAACACUAUUGUGAUCGAAUAAUUUGGUUACAAUAUAUCAUCUGUUAGAUGUGUAUAAUUUCCGUCUUUACUGGACAUUUCCUUUCUAGUUUAGGUUGUAACUAGGUUGGUGGCAGGUAAUAGAACACCAAGUCAAGAAACUGUAGGCAUUGGCACUGUAGUAGUCUCGACCUUUUCAUUGAUCCCUCAAUUGAAACAGAGAAGUCCUAUGGUGAGACAGCAAUGUUUUUACUCCUUUAUGUUAGCAUACAAAAGAAUUUGAUAUGUGAACAUUGCACUGUAUUUCAGUGUGGGGAGAUGCUGUUCAGGUAAUUUGGCACUCACACUUAGGGGUCAUUGAAUUUCAUAAACAGCAGAAUUAAGCAGUAUUAUUUAGUCCAGUGUUGGGAUUUCUUUUUCAUACAUAACCUGAGUAAACACAACACAUAAUAAAUGUUAAUUUGUUGUUAUCCUUUCUUGUGGAAUGUGGGUGGAAGUAUCACAACAGGUUUUCAAGGGAGUUGGAUAUAAUAAGAUUGAAAUUGGGGUUGAUAUCCGCAACGUAUGCAUUCUUCGACCCAGGUUCUAUAAAAAUGAAUAAUUUUGAAGUAAUUAAUUUAAGGUGUUUUUUAUGUGCUACAGUGUUAAGAAACAUUCAGUGUUUAUAAGUAUAUGUAGUUUUUUCCUUAAAUUUGGAAUUGAGGUGCUUUCCUGAAUUGCAAAAAAAUUGUAACAAAAUUUGUUUAUGAAACAUGAAUUAUGGGCCCAAUACACUUUUUCAAUAAAGUUUCUUGUUUUAUGGUAAUGAAACGCGAUUUUUGUGCUGAUGUUAUUUCAUCAGGGUAUAAUGUCCCACUGAGAUGCUGAUGGUUGACUGUGUAUAUUGUAAUAAAAAAUUAAAAUAUCAAUGAGCUUA